GGACCUGGAGACACGGGAAUCAUGUUUCACACCAACAGACUUCUUUGCUAUAAACGGCUUUCUUUUAAACUGUUGGCUUUAUUCUGAACUACGAGCUUUUCUCUAAAGAGGGUCACUGGUCUAAUAGCAGAUUCGUUAAAGUACGUCCCAGGCAAGAAAAGCGGGAGAGGAAGCUCGCCGGGGUAGGUCGGCGCGGAGCGCGCCCGGGACCAGCCUCGCGCGGUCCCGCCUUCCGCGCCUUCCGCCGCCGGAGGGCCUGGCCGUCCCCGGCGAAAGUGCGGCGGCGGCGGAGCUGGCUGGGUGGAAGGUCGGCGCAGGCGCGGGCGCGCGAGCGCGAAGAUGGCGGCCGGGUUCAAAACCGUGGAACCUAUGGAGUAUUACAGGAGAUUUCUGAAAGAAAACUGUCGUCCUGAUGGAAGAGAACUUGGAGAAUUCAGAACCACAACUGUCAACAUAGGUUCAAUUAGUACAGCAGAUGGUUCUGCUUUAGUGAAGCUGGGAAAUACUACAGUAGUUUGUGGAGUUAAAGCGGAAUUUGCAGCACCACCAUCAGAUGCUCCUGAUAAAGGAUAUGUUGUUCCUAAUGUGGAUCUACCACCCCUGUGUUCAUCGAGAUUUCGGUCUGGACCUCCUGGAGAAGAGGCCCAAGUAGCUAGCCAGUUCAUUGCAGAUGUCAUUGAAAAUUCACAGAUAAUUCAGAAGGAGGACUUGUGCAUUUCUUCAGGAAAGCUUGCUUGGGUUCUGUACUGUGAUCUCAUUUGCCUUGACUAUGAUGGAAACAUUUUGGAUGCCUGCACGUUUGCGUUGUUAGCAGCUUUAAAAAAUGUACAGUUGCCUGAAGUUACUAUAAAUGAAGAAACUGCUUUAGCAGAAGUUAAUUUAAAGAAGAAAAGUUAUUUGAGUAUUAGAACUCACCCUGUGGCUACUUCCUUUGCCGUUUUUGAUGACACUUUGCUGAUAGUUGACCCUACUGGAGAGGAGGAGCAUCUGGCAACAGGAACCUUAACAAUAGUAAUGGAUGAAGAAGGGAGACUCUGUUGUCUUCAUAAACCAGGUGGAAGUGGACUCACUGGAGCUAAACUUCAGGACUGUAUGAGCCGUGCAGUUACAAGACACAAAGAAGUAAAAAAACUCAUGGAUGAAGUAAUUAAUAGUAUGAAACCCAAAUAAAAAGUCACAUUUUCCAAACAGAUUUGUAAAAACUGUAUUUGUUACACUGUGCACAAACUUUUUAUACUAAAUAAAUAUCAAACUACAAUCUUCUGAAAGAUGUUUCUAGUAUUUCUUAGGCCACUUUCAUAUAUAUUAUGUACAGUGAAACCAUUUUUAAAAAGCAAUGACUUAGGCAAACCAAUUCUGGUUCCUUAAGCCAUUUCCCCAUUUUUAUUUAAAAAUCAUAGGGUUGUGCUUCUGUAUAAAGUUUAUACAUCUAACAAUGUAAAAUACUGACACAUUUAAAAAAAAAGUAGAAACAAUUCUUUUGAUUCAAUGCUGUUGUUUUUAAAAAAGAAAAAUAUAACUCAGAAUUUUGGAGUGGUUGGUGUGCCUCUCUUCAUUUUAUUUUUUGACUGGCUGCCUGUAUGCCGAUGCCGAUGUAGCUGA